AUGAAUAUUGAUGACACACUUUCAUCUGUCAAUACAGGUGGGGCAGUUGAUUUUACACUCGUUACCAACCCUGCUCUACUUGGUGUCACUGGAGACAACGAUGCAACUAUUGGAGCUUACAAAGGCCACAGAGAUCUCACUGCUGCCGUGUCAUUCGGUCGGCAGUUGACAACGGGAGGAACUAACAGUGGCCUGCCCUCAGGGUCAAAAGAGCUGCAAAGCGAACAGCUAGGAUGUCAGCUUCGACAGAUCCAGUUACCUGAAGUCGAUGGGCUUGAUAGAACAGGCGUCUUCUACUGUGAAGCCACCAAGCCGGGAAGGACAGUCACAAAGAUACAGACCAUAAUUUUGCCCAUGGAUGUUCACGGUCGUAACAUCUUCGGUCAGAAUGCUCGCCAUCGCUGCUUCAACAGCACAGAUCCACACGACGAGGCUUGCCGUGGUCGUUUGUUUUGUCUUCCUGAUCCCUACGGAUGCUCGUGUGCUGCGGGAUACACAGGAUUAGACUGCAUGCAAGAAUGCGCUCAGGGAAGUUACGGUGCGGAUUGUAAGCAGACAUGUCACUGCGCACCAGGAAAAACCUGCAGCAAAGACACUGGAGAAUGCAGCGAUGAUGACUGUGCCUCAUCGUACUACGGUAUCAACUGCCAGUGCUCAAGCCGGGAGGUGGCUCCAGGGGAAUUGAGAGCAACGGAAGUCUUACAGUGCAACGUCAGCUUUUCCUGGACAAAGCCAACAUGUGUCUUCCGGGGCGGCGUAAUCACUGGAUUCCUCUACCAACUCAUUGAUAUGAGAUCUGGUGCCCUGCUUCGACUGCUCAAUGCAACAGAAGAAUCUGUAACCUUGAACGGCUUGUCACCUUACAUCUUGUACGGUUUUCAGAUUGCCGCCACGACCAUUGCAGGAACGGGGCCGUUCGGUGAGCUCCUCAGCGUAACGACAUUAGAAGCAGAGCCCUCAGCUCCAGUCAAUACCGACGUUCUGGACGUCGAUGACGUGUCAGUCACAGUGACGUGGUCUCCACCCGACCCACCGAAUGGUAUAAUUCUUAACUAUGACAUUGCUUACUGGAAGUCGACUGACGCGGGGUCACCAACUCUGCGAAAUGAUAUUGGCAUGACAUCGAUCGCGUACCGUGUGGAUGGUCUAGACAAAUUCACUACAUAUCAUGUUCAGGUUGAGUACCGAAUCACAGAGAAGCCGUAUGAUCAGACUUUUGCCGCAGGCAGUGAAUACACGAGGGAGUAUGUUGAUGAUCCGUGGUAUCGCAAAGAUACCUUUGAACCCGGAACGAAAUACGAGUUUGAAGUUUCUGCCCAGAAUCAGGAAAACGCAGGGAAACGGAGCACUGCUUAUGUCAUCAGAGUACAGCAAGAGUUGGUCAAGACAAAGCGAGAAGCCUUUGUCCCAAGACACUACCGCGACUCAGCUCAAGACUACAUAGCGGCUGAGAUACCAGAUACUGAUGUCACAGUACCUUUUACUGUCGGCGAUUCCCUGAUCCACGCCAGUUUGUACGUUGUUCUGGAAUAUCUUCCAAACGGCAACUUGCGAGACUAUCUGAGGAGUGCUUGCCCAAACCAAGAAGGGACAGCGACUCCAGCGAGGGUAUCCCCGCUUACUUCUUCAAACUUGCUAACAUUCGGUAUAAAUAUUUCUAGAGGAAUGGAACAUCUAUCAAACUCGGGGAUUAUACAUCGUGACUUGGCCGCAAGGAACAUACUUCUUGCUCAAGACUUGACUGCUAAGGUUUCUGAUUUUGGCCUGUCUCGAGGAGAGGACAUUUACGUUCAGCAAUCGAUGACGAGGAUUCCUACCCGCUGGUUGGCCAUCGAGUCUCUGACCCACCGUGAAUAUAAGUCCAAAAGUGACGUGUGGUCCUUCGGAAUCGUUUUGUGGGAGAUAGCGACAUUUGGGGCUACGCCAUAUCCCGGUAUACAGAGCAAGCUCUUGGCACAACGACUGCAAGACGGUUACCGAAUGCCUAAACCGCAAAACUGUGCCGACGAAAUAUACGAUCUAAUGAUGAAGUGCUGGCAGACAGAUCCACACAAACGCCCGAGUUUUAAGGAACUUAGCGCUGCCCUUCAAGCAAUGAACGCACAGUCAGAUGAGAAUAUCUACAUGUCACCACACAUCUACGAGAAUCAUGUCAUCCAACUAGAGUUUGACGAUAACUAA